UCAUCAGGGCUGAGUCGACCCGGCGCUGAGCAGUCAGGUAGUGGGAGCUGUGAGAAGACGCAACCGGCCCGGGAAAGCCUCGCUCCUGAAGCUGUGUCUCCUUUCCUGGCCGUCCACUCAUCUUGGUGGCUCCUCCAGGGACCGAUCGAGGCUGGAUUGGAGGGAGGCCGAGCUGCUCCACUUUCGCCCCCUGCGUCCCGCCGUGAAGCCCGGCGGCCCGGCCGAGACCUGCACGCCUGGCCGUCUGCCCCUGGACACGGGCUAAGAGCAGCGAGGCAGUCAAGGAGGAACGGGACCCGGCCCUGUUUGCGUCAUGGAGACGGUGCGGCGUCUGGCUGUUCUGCUGGCCCUCGGCGCGGUGGUGAGCGCAAAUCCAGUGAAUGUUCAAGAAUGCACCCUUAAGCCGGUUGAGAAGAAUGAGGGUGUGACAGUGGUGUACACAACCAGCAGGGUUACAAGCGGUUGCAUCAGCCGUGGGCCUAUAGAUCCCAACCUGGAAGUCCACGUUCUCAGCUUGAAGUUCAGUGACCCCCCUAAGAUGCUUGAGCUCCCGUUCAGUGUGUCAGCAGCGAAAGGCAACAGCCAAAGGACGGUGUUCGUGGUGAGCUCCAAUGCCCCGUACAUCCUUCUGAAAGUAUCGGUGACAGAUCACCCCCUUACCUUCAUCCACAAGCCUCGGAGAGUUUACGUCCAGGGGUCCAACUCCAAUGCAACGGUCUUGCCUGAGUCUGAUGAGGAACUCCUGAAGUGGGUCGACGAGAAAUAUGGGGGUGUCUCCUCCUUCGCCGUCUUGGACAAACCUUCACGGGUUCACUUCAAAGUGGGGAGAGAGCCUAGCGCCACCCCGGACUGCAUUCCCCAGCCGGAUUUUGAUGCUGAGCAGUAUCUGGAGACUGAGACGACUUCUCAUGAAACCGAGAGCUGUCUCGGCUCCAGUGGCAACACUGGGAACGAAUCCCAUAUCCUGUGGCUCAAGGAGGCCUUGGGGCAAGCUGUGGAUCUGAACAUGAAAAUGACGUGUGAUCGUGGAGAGCUACCCCAGGGCUUGCCAGUGUUGCUGGUGCUAAAAGGCCCGCGUGGAGUGCUGUGGAAGAUUGACGAGCUACCCCCUUACACAAAGUUCUUGACAUCUGGCAAUUACUCCAUUAAGACAUUUGGCUUGUGGCCGGUGGAAGGAACAAACCUCUCGGACACCAAGGAAGGCCUGAUGAAAGAGGCCUACCUGAACGGGUUCCCCUCCAUAGCUUCCUUCACUGAAAUCCCAUCCGCCAAAAGCAUCAUCCUGGAACUGGUCAGAUGUGCAGAGGCGCGGGCGACAACCUCGCCACGGGUGAUAUCUCCAUCGGAGUCUUCCUUGAAUGAAAAAUUCCAGCAGCUGCUUCGUACAUUUCCUUCCUGGAGAUGCAUGGAUGAUGCUAUUGAGGUCGCCUUGCCCAGGAGUUACUUGUUGGCUUUAAAAGGCAGCAUCAGUGAAAUCACCCUGGAGGACCCCAGCUGCAGGGCAAAAGAGAACGCCACACAUUUUGUUCUGAGCAGCAAACUGGGAGACUGCAAAACCCAAGUGGAGGAGAACAUCCGUGCCAAGAAUCAGCUGGUCCUGACGGUAGCAUCGGUCCCAGACAAAAUCACGGUACCAUUUCAGUGUGAUCUCCCAGAGAAGCUCUCUCUCCAUCUUUGCCCCGCACUGGACUGCUCGUUGCCAUUGUCCACAAUCACAGUUGUAGUCAAUCAAGUGACCUACGUCCAGGUUUCGUUCAGGACAACGAAUAAGGAGUCUUCAGUGCAACUCCGCGAUUGUUUCCUACGAACGCCUGGCACAGCGUCCCCCCAGCCGCUGAUCCACGAGGGCACCCCGCAGGGUUCUGUGCAGAUCUUGUCUUCUUCCAGUAUGAAGAUUGAUUUCAGUUUCAUCUACAAGGUUGAAGAGGGAAGGUGGUCACCCCCUUCCACCACCCUUCUGUGCCAAGCGUUGCUGAUCCGCCCUGGCCAGGAACCCCACAGAUUGGAAGCCUCUCUCGACGUGAAGCUGGAGAACCCCAACCCUCCGCCCAACCGAGGCUUGGGGAUCAGCACCGUGUUAGGGAUCACUUUCGGCGCCUUCUUCAUCGGAGUCCUCCUCACCGCAGCACUGUGGUACAUCUACUCUCACACCCGUCCGAUGGCCAAGAUGCAACCAGUCUCGACCAACCUGCCACCCUCCGAGAGCAGCAGCACCAAUCACAGCAUCGGGAGCACCCAGAGCACCCCCUGCUCCACCAGCAGCAUGGCAUAGCUACCCCCGCCCAGGGAAUGGGCAGGACUGUCUGCCUACGCCUCCUUGUAGACGGUGUCAGAACUGCCGCCCUGUUGAACUCCAGGCAGAGAACAGGCAAAGGGGGUCUCUCGCCCAAGAGAGUCGGCCAGUGGCUGCGCUGUUCUUUUUUUUCUGCUCCUCGUACUCAGGAGUGACUCUUUCUGGCCAGCACUUUAUGAGGCAACUCCCCGGACGGACGUCGCAAUCGCCGGAGAAGCAGAAGGAUCCCAGCAGCUGAUUCGGCAUUGCUCGUUUCUCUUGCAGGGUGAGCCGGGCUGACCUUUGGGCUGCAAGGUCACAUUCCAGGACUGGAUGGCAUGAGCCCCAACGAGUUCAUUGAUAACGGAUUGUAGCAGGAUGCCUUGGGUUUCCAAGCUAAUCCCGUGCUCCCCCCUGCCCGCCUUGCAGACAGAGGUUUGGGUAUACCUCUCCCACUGUCGCCUUCAAGAUGGUGGUGACGCUCCUGUGUUCUGGAGUUGGUGCUUGUUCACUGGAAAUGUGGCUUAGGUAUGGUCAGUGGUCAUAAGCGGGAAACUGGGUUUUGAAUGGGCUUACAUAGGUAGCUGCCAUAUACUGAGUCAGACCCUUGGUCCACCUAGCUCAGUAUUGUCUACCCAGACUGGCAGCGGCUUCUCCAAGGCUGCAGGCAGGAGUGUCUUGAGAGGCUAUCUGCCAGCUCAAGUUGGGAUGCUGCCAUUAACAAAUUAUGUUGUUUUAUAGUUGCAAUUCAUAAUGGGGUCCACAGCACAUUUGGCCAUUGGCUGUGCAGGCAGCUGCUCCAAAGCCCUUAAAACUAUCCCAAGCCUUUAAAACAAAAAGAGCGAACCGGGGGAUGGGGGCUGCAGCUCAUUUGCUUAGCAUACAGCAUGUCUCAGGUUCAGUCACUGGCAGCAUCUCCAAGUAGGGCUGGGAGAGACACCUGUCUGAAUCCUAGGAGAAGCUGCUGCCAGUCCGUGUAGACAAUACUGAGCUACAUGGACCAACGGGCCAUUCCAAGGGUAACGGAAUCAGGCAUGUUACCAGUUUUUCCGAUGCCUGCAGCCCUAAACAAAAGUUGAAGCCAAUAUUAUAUAUACCCACGGGUAAGAGACGAGCUUCUGCUAUAAAGCCAUAUUUUUAACAAAAUCCUCAAAUGUAAAAGAUAGCAUCCCAAGCAUGCAAAACACAUUGGUAACAGAAUCAGCCUUUCGGAAAUAAAAGAUAAGGUAACAGAAUCAGAGUUUAAAAACUUUGUUCCCGACACAUACUGCACAUUUCACACACAAUAAUAGUUUUGUAAAAAUAUGGCCUUAUAGUAGGAGAUGUUCUCUUGCCAGCGAGUAUAUAUAAUAACUUGAAAAUUUGCUUAUGGCUACAAUCAUUAAAAAGUGGUAACAUGCCUGAUUCUGUUACCUUUUGAAUUGCCCCAGUCCAAAGGAGAUGCAUAUGAAUAUCCCUUUCCUAAAUUGAACUUAUUUCUCUGGGCUUCUGUUUUGUUUUGUUUUUAAAAGUGAGAGUCCUCUCUCCCCACUGCCCAAAUUUGUUAAUAAAUGGGCUUCUGUUUUGUUUUAAAAGUGAGAGUCCUCUCUCCCCACUGCCCAAAUUUGUUAAUAAAUGGGCUUCUGUUUUGUUUUUAAAAGUGAGAGUCCUCUCUCCCCACUGCCCAAAUUUGUCAAUAAAUGGGCUUCUGUUUUGUUUUAAAAGUGAGAGUCCUCUCUCCCCACUGCCCAAAUUUGUUAAUAAAUGGGCUUCUGUUUUGUUUUUAAAAGUGAGAGUCCUCUCUCCCCACUGCCCAAAUUUGUCAAUAAAUGGGCUUCUGUUUUGUUUUAAAAGUGAGAGUCCUCUCUCCCCACUGCCCAAAUUUGUCAAUAAAUGGGCUUCUGUUUUGUUUUAAAAGUGAGAGUCCUCUCUCCCCACUACAUAAAUUUGUUAAUAAAUGCCCAAGUAUAUUAAUUCGAGAAUAAGCUAGUCCCAGAUCUUUGGUGCUGCGCCCAUGGCAGCAACCAGCGAGCGAAGGAGGAUGUUUAUGCUCAGAUAAUUUUUGCGUGUUGCUGGUGUGAACCACAUGGCCCCAAAGCACAGUGUCAGAAUGUCCACGAAAGAUGAGGGAUAAAAGAGGACUAAUUUGUCCCACCAACUCUUGGAAAGGAACAGCAUGGGUGCCAACGCGAGAGAAGUUUGCAAGGCUGUCGAAUUGUGAAACCAAAGACUGAGAGUACAGACUGUUUAUUUUUUUGGGGAAAUACUCCUUAUUACUGUACGUAUAUAAAUAGUUAUACAUAGAUUGUAUUUUGUAUCCAUGCAUACAGGGAAAUAAUGCAGUGUUUACUCAACUUUGUUCUGUAUGUUUCAUUGUGUUCGGCUGAGAGCCAAUGUGGUCACAGGUUUCUGUAACUUUGGCCAAGCAAGGACCAUGUGUGUUGGGCUAUAAAAAUGGAGAAAUGUUACAUCUAAACUGGCAAGUGUGAUCAUAGGGGGUUGGUUUUUUGGGAGGGGUGGGGAAAGGGAGAUAGAAACAUCCAACAAGUCCAACUACACCAACACAAUUUUUGUUUAAAAAGGUUCAUUUGUGAUGGCAGAUGGGUUCUCAGAUGUUGUGGGACUACAGCUCCCUUCUUCCCCAUCCAAAAUGGCCAAAGAGGAUGUUGGGAGUUGUAGUCACACACCAUCUGGGGACCCAAGUCUGAGAUGCCCUGAUAGUUCAGUGUAAACUGAUGGGCAGAGUUAUGAAUGAGUGGUAGACUCUCUCAGCCCUAUCUUGGAGGUGCCAGGCAGGGAACUUGGAAGUUGCAGGGUUGCAGGGCUUGUGGUGGAAUAGGUGUUCAGACACAACCACAGAAGUAGGUUAGAUGCAUAAGAAGCUGCUUUAUACAGAGUUGGCCCGUUAAUCCAUCAAGCUCAGAACUGCCUACACUGACUGGCAGCAGCUUUCCCAAGGUUUCAGGUAGGAGUCUCUCCCAGCCUUACCUGGAGAUUGAACCUGGGAUCUUCUGCAUACAAGCAGCUCUACCAAUGAGCUACAGUCCCAUCUCCUAAGCACAAUCUUGCAGCUGUUGGACUGCAAAUCCCAUCAUCUCUAUUGGCCACUGUGGCUGGGGAUGAUGGGAAUUGUAGUUGAACAGCAGCUGGAGGGCUGGAGUUGUGCAGCACUGUUCUAAGGGGGAUAGCUUAUAGCCCCAUCCCCUAAGGCAGGGUUUCUCAACGUGUGGGUCCCCAGAUGUUACUGGACUUCAACUCCCAUAAUGCCCAGCCCCAGUGGCCUUUGAUUGGGAAUUAUGGGAGUUGAAGUCCAAUUACAUCUGGGGACCCACACGUUGAGAAUCCCUGCCCAAAGGGAAGGCCUGCUCAACGCUGGCCCUCCUGCAGCUGUUGGCCUACAGCUCCCAUAAUCCCUGGCUUUUGGCCAGUAUGGCUGUGGAUUAUGGGAGUUGUCGUCCAAAAACAGCCGGGGUGGGGGGUAAAGUUGAGCAGGCCUGCCUAAAGGGAAAUAUCAUACAGCGCUCACAUGUGGCCACCCAUCCACCACUAACUGAGGGGGGACCUGCUUAGCAAAGGGGACAAUUCAUGCUCUCCACCCAAAACCAAUGAUGCAAUGACAGCAGUGAACUUCAUUGUGGUGAGGCAGAUACCUAAGAUUCACUUGGAGCUUGGAAGCUCACGGAAGCCCACGCUCAAAAGGUUGCAUGAAUCAGACCCAAAUGGCUAAAUAAAGCCCCGGGCUGUGGUUUAGAAGGGGGUCAAUUUCCUUUCCUAAAACGCAGUGUGAACACUUCUGUGUGGUGCGAAAAGAAGCCCUUUCCUCCCCAAUACAGACGGCAUGAAGGAACACCUUCUCCACCUCUGGGCCCAGCUGUAUUGAACUGUAAAAUAUUGUGUGUGGAAGCAACUGUAACCUCAAUUCCUGUAUAAAACAUAUUAUGGAUUUCA